UAAAAAUCAAGUAAAAUCUCGGGUUUUCUUCUAUUUCAACGCUACUCUUCUAUCUUCGAAUUCACAAACAAUGGUGCUCGAGGUAAAGCAAUGCUAAAGAUUCCUCCUUGAUCCCUUUCUUCAAUUUAUGGGUUUUAAUCAGGCGACUAAGAUAUGCAUUGAUAACUCGGAAUGGAUGCGAAACAACGAUUAUUCUCCGUCUCGAUUUCAAGCUCAAACUGAUGCCAUUAGUCUUACCUGUGGUGCUAAAACCCAGGUCUUGAAAUGGGGGGUGAGAUGAACCUAGCAACUGGAAUUCAGAUUGCUCAAUUGGCUCUGAAGCAUCGUCAAAAAAAAAACCAGCAGCAAAGGAUUAUAGUUUUUGCUGGAAGUCCCAUUAAGUAUGAAAAGAAGGCAUUGGAGAUGAUAGGAAAGAAGCUUAAAAAGAAUAGUGUAGCUCUUGAUAUUGUCAAUUUUGGUGAGGACGAUAAUGGAAAGCCCAAAAAGUUGAAGGCUCUUCUUGCAUCUGUUAAUAAUGACAGUAGUCACAUAGUCCAUGUUCCUCUGGGUCAAAAUGCACUUUCUGAUGUGCUUAUGAGCACGCCUGUGUUCUCUGGGGAUAGAGGAGGAAGUGGAUUUGCUGCAGCAGCUGCAGCUGUUGGUGCUUCUGAUUUUGAAAUUGGCAUCGAUCCAAAUAUAGAUCCAGAGCUGGCUCUUGCUUUAAGGUUUUGCAUGGAAGAGGAGAGAGCAAGGCAAGAAGCUGCUGCCAAGAGGGGCACUGAAGAAGCCAGAAAACAAGAAAAAAGGGAGGAAGCACAAGCACCAUCAGAUUCACAGAAUGCAACUCCAACAGAAAAAGUUGCUGAUCCGAUGAUUGGUCCUACUAUGAAGUUAAUAUUGUGGCAGAAUGAGGAUGAUGCUUUGUUAAAGCAGGCCCUUGCAUUGUCAAUGAAUGUCCCAGGAUCUGAUUUGUCUGUGGGUGAUGCUGAGAUGUCUGAGGCAGCAAAUGGUGAUCAGGAACUAGCCAUGGCACUUAAGAUGUCCAUGCAAGAGGGUUCAAAGGAUUCAUCGGUGCAGUCAGCUGUCAGCAAGGUGUUGAGAGAUCAAUCUUUUAUGUCAUCCAUCCUAUCCUCACUUCCGGGAGUUGACCCAAAUGAACCAAAUGUGAAAGAUUUGCUAGCAUCUUUGGCAGGCCAAUCUGAGGUGCCUGUCAUUAAAACUCAACUAAAAUGAGCAUGGUUUGUACCAAGCAUGCAUUAAAUAUUUACCUGCUAAUAAGCGCUGACCGAGUAUCUCAACUUUACUAAAUUUAUUCCAAGAACAAGCAGUUGUAAUUUUUACAUGCUACUUGUCGCAAGGAAAGAAGAACGAAGAUAAGCAGUGAAAA